GCUUGUUGUUACUGUAAAGACAAGAGUCGGGAGCUUCAAACCUGUGGUGGGAGGGUUCAUUGCUAGCAUCAUCAGCUGGAAAUGGAGAAAACUAGCGUACCUAGCUAACUAGCUAGGUAGCAAGGUACGGCGCACUCAAUGAUCUGCCUGCAUAGGAGAUUCCAUUUUCUGCAUGUGUCACAUCUUGUGGAUGAUCAAGACACCCAGAAAAACAAGGAAAACAACAGCAGUUCCUCCUGAUUUACAAUGUCUCCUUCAAGGCAUGAUACCCAGCCCUCAAUGCACUCAAAGUCUUUGUCCAAAAACUCGUACAACAUAUUAAGUGCCUUUUGCACUGAGGAGAAUGUAUCGCAGUGUAUUUCAUACAUCGAGGAGGAGGUUUCCUCUCUGGGGUUUCCACCGUUGUGUGGCGAGUUCAGUGGAAGCAGAGGCCUGAACACGGUCCCCGUUCUGAACACCAUGUACGAGCUCCUGCAGCUGCACCGCCGUGGCCUGCGCUCUGUGGAGGACCUGGAGACAGAGCAGCUCAAGUCCAGCAGUGAUCUGGAGUACGCUCAGCUCAGCAACUCCCGGCUGAAGGAUCAACUUGAAUUCUCCAGAAGGGAGAAUUCUGGGCUUCAUGAGAGGGAACGCCAGCUACAACUGAAAGUAAAGAGCUUACAAAACUGCCUAAAGAACGAGAAGGAAGAGGUGCAGAAGCUGCAGAACAUAAUUGCAAGCCGUGCCACGCAGUACAACCAUGACAUGAAAAGGAAAGAGAGAGAAUACACCAAACUGAAAGAGCGUUUGAAUCAGCUUUUAAUUGAUAAAAAGGACAAGAAACUUGCUAUUGAAAUCCUGAAUUGUGUGGGAAGGUCUGAUGGGAAGAGGGGCCUUUGGAAAACUGGGAAAACUGAGGCCAGACAUGAGGGAGAAAUGUACAAGACACUGCUGAACGAUUAUGAGAAUCGUCAGAAGGACUUGAUGAUGGAGAAUGCAGAGCUGAAGAAAGUACUGCAGCAGAUGAAAAAGGAAAUGGUGUCUAUUUUAAGUCCAAGGAAGCACAGUCUGAAAGGUGAAAAGCCGGAUGAUGGCACAGAACCGGUGGGCUCUGACAACGACGAGGAGCUGUACGACUCUAGCCGCGGGACUCUGGAGCUGUCGUGUGAGCACGCCCGGGAGCAGCUCACCAACAGCAUCCGCCAGCAGUGGAGGCGACUGAAGAACCACGUGGAGAAACUUGACAAUCAAGCGUCGUUGGCGCAAAUGGAUGUGCGGGUCGGUAAUGACGUCAUCGCCCGGGAGGCCCACGAGGAAGAGAUGGAGAAGCUUAAGGUGGAGAUUCAGGAAUGUAAAGAUGUCAUUCAAACCCAGCAGCAGCUCUUGCAGCAGCAGCUGAGCUCCCCCUGUGACGACGAGACCGCGGCCCUGCUCAACGACUGCUACAUGCUAGAGGAGAAGGAGCGGCUCAAAGAGGAGUGGAAGCUCUUUGAAGAGCAGAGGAAAAACUUUGAAAAGGAAAGGAAGAAUUUCACCGAGGCUGCCAUUAGAUUAGGCCAUGAGAGGAAAGCAUUUGAAGAGGACCGCGCAACUUGGCUCAAACAUCAGUUUCUGAACAUGACUCCAUUUGCAGAACGCACAAAAUCCCAUACUUCGAAAUCUCAAAGUGCCUUAUCAGCUUGUACCGAGCCCGAAGUUGAAAACACAUCCACUCCUGCACGACGAGGUGAAUCGAUAUCUCAUGCCACUUUUACCUCACCGAAAGCUACCCCGGUGAAGAUGCCAUCCACCGAUCCCAACCGUACAUUUUGUAUCAUCGCUGACCACAGCUCAACUAAAGCACUACCAAAGAGGGGGAGUUGGCAAGACUUCAAUAUCAUGCAUAGCAGCGAACUUUCAAUCAAGUCAAGUCACCGCAACGGAACUGGUGACAGAAGCAUAUUUUCUCAUGCUGGAGAAGAUGAUGGUCAAACCUAAGGCCAUUGUAUUUCUGACAACCCCAGUGCUGUCAUCGUCUUUUAAAAUUUGAACUUUCUUUUUUAAAGCCGUAUCCAUGAACUUCAUCACUGCAUUUUGUUUUAUAACAUACCGCAGUUUACGUCAAAGAUGAAUCAGAAGUAAAAUCUAAAGAAAUCAAGCUAAGCACUUGAACAUGCCAAAACCGAUUUCUCUUGAAUUUCUUGUUUGUACCCAUUUUAACAUGUAACCCUCUUAUUCCAUUAAGGCAGUUUGAUGUAGCCUGUGUAACCUAUAGAACUAUAUUGUCUAAUACAGCAGUUGCUAUUGCUGUGUGAUUUUGAAGUUAGGAGGGUAUAAUAAACAUCUCUAAAGUUUUUUUUAAGUAGAAAUGUACAUUUUGACUGGUCUUCUGUUUGAAAGUGUAUGUGUUGUAUUGUGUUAAGAUGUUUUAUUAAGUUGAAUGUUUACACGAAUGCAGUUAUAUAGUCUAAUUGUAUCAUUUUUCCCAUUUAGGGAUAUCAUGGUUUAGGACUUUUUCCCCAACUAUGGCAAGUCUUUGGGUUUUAGAAUGUAAGAACUUAUAGUUGAAAUGCUGCUCAUACAAACAAUGCAAUAAGAUUGUAAUAAACUGAAUAAAAAAUAUAACCAA